AUGGAAAACGAGGAGGGUAUCUCUGUUCGGCCUAUGAGGCUGAAGGUCCUCUACACGUUCGAUAACGAGAGCAAAACAAACUGUCUUGCCAGGUGGCCGCAUAUCCUAGAUAUCCAAACUGCCUAUCUUGAUGAAACUACGCAGGUUGGAGUGAUUGAGCUGAAAACCUGCAUUCAAACAAUCGUCUCGGCAAGCCCUGAAUUGGUUGCGAAGCUUGGACGGGAUUACACGGUUUACGCCUACGACUAUUCUGAAUAUGAAACUCCUUUGGUCGGCCAGGGAAUGCUUUCCUGGGUUUUGGCUUCUGCCUCACCAACACCAAAUGCCCCCGCACACCAAUCCAAAACCAUUGUCACGGGACGAGUUUGCAAAAAUUCUGGGUUAUUUGCUAGGGGCGCACAGGAAACCCUCGAAGUCAAGCUUCGCCUCGUCCCCGUACCAACCGUCCUCCAGAGUGAAUAUCUUGAGAGCAUGCAAAAAUACCGUGAGCUGAGCAAUCUCAUACCACAUGAUUUCGAUGCUCAGGCCUGGACAGCCUUCUUGAAAUCAAAUCCUGGGCUACUUUCAGGCUUCAGUUCAUCCCAGAAUGUAGCUGAAUUAGAACACACCCCACUCGACAGGUCCGGCCUGGAGAAGUUACAGCAGCUCCUAAGCGAUGGCUCGACGCCUCGUGAACUACCCAAUGUGGGACCUGGUAGUUUCCGUGCUGAUUCCCCAGCACAUUUCUCUCACAACGCCCCAAGCCGGGCGUCAACGCCAGGAGUGGCUAUGUCGGCUAGCCAACAAAAAAGGCCAGCAGAUGAGAUAAAUCGUCCCGGAUCAAGAGCUUCUGUACUAAAUCCAGACUCUUAUAGAGUUACUAGCCGAAGGGGGUCUAUCAUGUCAAGCUACGGCAGCGGCGAUGAGGCCUCAGAAGGACCAGCGCCCAAGAGAGCAAAACUGGUUCGAACCGAUAUCUCCGGUGGCGUGAAUACAAACAUCGAACGUCAGCCUAACUCCCUCCGAGUGGCCGCAAGCACAGCCGCAUCCGUAAGGAUCCACCGCCCAACACCAAUUACCCAGCGAGACCACCCAUUGCUAUCAAACGAGGAACCCGUUCGUCCACCCACUCCCGUUCCAUCACUUACCCAAGGUCCCAAUCGCCGGAACCGAAUUGCUCCCAGCAAUUUGCGCCGUCAGUCCUCAGGCCGGUCUGACUUUUCACAGAACUGUCCUCUAAUCGCUCCAAUGCCUAUGUCAACUAACCGUCUUGCAUUUGAUUCACAAGCCACCUCUCCAGAAGAACCUCAGUACAGCAUGCUUACCGAUACACCUUUUAAUAUGCCUUCAUCCCCUCCUAUCAUGGAAACUAAUUACGCCCAGGCCUCAAGCCCGGGACUUCCUCCAAUGUCCGAUCAUGACUCAGGCUUCAUGAGCGCUCAGUUCGAUUCGUUAAUUGACGACGACAAUUAUAAUGACACCGCAAAGUCUCAUCAAAAUGGCCCACACCCAUCCACGGAACAACCUAAAGCCCUUAUGAAUGGUGUUCAACUUGAAAGCUCUGCUGGAGACUCUGCACUGGCACUCCCACCUCAGCCAACCAGAAUAUCAAAUUCGCGCCCCUCCUCGAGAGCCAGCAUGAGGUCUGUUAAAUCCAUAGCUCCCGCCACCCAACGGGCUGCUGUACCCGCUGUUGUUCCCGCUAGUGACCCAAUCCGGCCUUCCCAGUCCUGGCAAUCACAAUCUCAACAACUCCACCCACUAGCAAGCGAACUCCCUUCUGUAUCUACUCCUGGUCCGAGUCAGCAGCACAACCCAAAACCUCGCAGCGGAGCAGGUGCUAAACGGACCAAACAAGUACAAGCUCGUCUCGAACAAUGUAUCCGCGAAGGCACCGUUCCUCCAUACUGUGAAAACUGUGGUGCCAUUGAAACUCCAACUUGGCGUCGUGCCCAUGCGAAGGUUGUCCCGGCAAACGCUGAGCAAGCCGAGGCGUAUAGCGGCGAUCCAACCAUUCUUUUUUGGGAACCUUCAGAACCGGAAGAGGAUGGAUCCCAUAAUUCGAUCAAGAUAUAUAAGAAGUCGCUCGCCCAUGACGAUAUAGACUUUGUCCAACUUCUACUUUGCAACUCAUGUGGGUUAUGGCUCUAUAAAUUCAAGACCAUGCGCCCUGAGCAUAAAUGGCACAAAGGAGUGCCAAAGGACAAGCAAAAGCGGAAGUCGAUCCGAGUCCAGCCAUUAGAGACCCGCUCUCGUCGCAAAGCUCGUAACGCCGUAGGAACCGAGUCUUCGCCAGGCCCUUCGGAGGCCUCGUCUCCGGACGCCGAUGAGGGUGCCACUACACAGGCGGAGAAUGAUACCCAAGCAGAAGUUGAUGCUGAGACCAAUAAAGGUAACUCAAAGCAGACUGAGAAAAUAAGGGCCAGUAGCGCUGAGCCACCUAAGUCAGCAGAGAAACACAAUCGUUGGCGUGACGAAGAUCCGUUCGAAGCAUUAAGACGAGCUAUUCAAUCCAGCCCUGCCAGAAAUAUGGAUUCGCGCAAGCCCCAGUUCUCAGAGACACAGCUCACUCCCAAACCAGUUCGUAGAGCAUUAUUCUCCUCGAACAAAGAUGGCGAAUCCAUGAAAUCCCUUAGCGACUCCUUGAUCAAUGGCUUGCGUCGGAGCCCCCGGUCAGCCCAGAAACAGCCUACAAGGCCAUUAGAUCAGGAAAACAUUCCCCAAACACCUGCCGAUGGCCUUGAUCACCUCUUCAAAGAUGCAGACGAUUGCAACGCACUUGAGUUCCUUGGCAGCCCAACUCCAAACCGUCGGAGUAGGUCAAUCCGGUCCAAAAAAUUACAUGAGGCUAUAACCAAUGCAUCCCCAUCUCAGAAAUCUACUCGCUCUGUAAUCCAGGGCUCAAAAGACGACAACCGUCAACCCAACUCGACAAGCCCGUCUAAAGGGCUCGAUCCUAUGGAUAGCAUGGUUCUUAAUUUCUUGGCUUCUGACAUGGAUUCUUUUACCAACACAGACUCACUGUUCCAGUUUGAUGCGCCAAAAACUCCCACCGGUGACAGCUGGGCAAACUGGGAUCCAAAUGACUGCAUCCCUCAAGAUGACCACACAUCUCAUUUACAUCAAAAAGACGUCACCAAUACCCCAAACUCGAGGGAUAAGUCUAAAUCGGGGAAAAACAACCCCGAAACCCCAAGGCGUGCCCGUAGUGUGCCAGCCAUCUCACCUUUCAAGUCUUUCCUUGAGAGUGAAAUCAACGAGAUAUCAACUCUUCCAGAGUCUGAAAUAUUUGGCUCGGGCUCACUUGUUGAUCCACAGUUGAUGAAUCUAUGGUCGAAAGAUAACGCCAACGCUUCUCCUCGAGCCAAUGGUACCAUGGAAGGCCUUGAUCCAACGGUCUUCGCCGCAAUGAUGCAAGAAAUUCGGAAUUCUGCUAGGAGUCAAUGA